CAGGUAUCGGGCGAAACUGGUCGGGCGUGCGGCAGAUAGAUCGGCGGCUGCGUCCGGAGCGGAGGGAGGAUGGCUGGGCGCCGCGGGCUGUGCGUGCUGCUGCUGCUCAGCGCCCUGCUGGCGGCUGCCGCUCCCACAGAGAGAAGUGGAAACAGCAGUUCAAAAGGAAGAAGUUUUGCUGGCCAGAGGGUUCCAAAUACUGAUAAUGCCUCUGAGGAGACAUACAAAGUGGAUGACUUUGCAGCAAAAGUCCUUACAGGAAAACUGACUACAGUUUUUCUUCCCAUUGUCUAUGUCAUUGUCUUUAUCAUUGGUUUGCCAAGCAAUGCUAUGGCCAUCUGGGUCUUUUUUUUCAGAACAAAGAAGAAACAUCCAGCUGUGAUUUAUAUGCUUAACUUGGCAUUGGCAGACCUUCUCUUCGUUGUCUGGUUCCCACUGAAGAUUGCAUACCAUGUAAAUGGCAAUAACUGGCUAUUUGGGGAAGGUCUCUGCAAAGUGCUUGUUGGAUUUUUUUAUGGAAAUAUGUACUGCUCCAUUCUUUUUAUGACAUGUCUCAGUGUGCAAAGGUAUUGGGUUGUAGUGAACCCCAUAGUGCAUUCAAGAAAGAAGUUUGAAAUUGCCCUGGGCAUCUCCCUUGCUAUCUGGAUACUGAUUUUGCUGGGCACCAUUCCACUGUAUCUUGUUAAUCAGACAGCGUAUAUUUCAGACCUUAACAUCACAACCUGCCAUGAUGUGUUACCUAACAAUAUUUUAGCUCAUGACAUGUUCAAUUACUUCCUCUCACUUGCAAUUGGACUCUUCCUAAUUCCAGCUCUCAUCACUGCUGUUGCUUACAUACUAAUGAUUAAGACUCUGAAUGCUUCAAUCUCAGAUAUAAGCACUGGGAAGAAACGAAAAAGAGCAAUCAAGCUCAUUAUUGCUGUCCUGUCCAUGUAUCUCAUAUGUUUUACACCAAGCAAUGUGCUACUUGUUGUGCACUAUCUGCAACUCAGAAACAAUAAUGAGAGCUCUCUGUACAUGUCAUACAUAACUGCACUGUGUCUGUCCACACUGAACAGUUGUAUUGAUCCAUUCAUUUACUACUAUAUUUCAAAAGACUUCAGAGACAAUCUUAAAAAUGCUCUUAUUUGCCGAAGCAUGCGAACUACACGGAGGAUGCAAGUCUCUCUCUCAUCAGGCAGAUACCCCAAGAAAUCUAAUUCUUACUCUUCAAACUCAAAUGGAACCACUAAAUCAACCUACUGACUUCAGUCCUAGAAAAAAGUGGACUUUUUACUAUUCUAAGGAAGGCAGUUACAAGAAAGUUAUUUUGUAUAACAGUUUGAAGAAAUAAUAACUUUGCUUUUUUAUUCACAUUUGAAGCCUAGAUGUCAGAACUGACAGGUGAUCUUGUACAGAAUUAGCAAACUGAUAAGUCUUCUAACCAGACUGGAAAAAAAAAAUCAUGGCAUUUCUGAUGCUUUGCAAAAGUGCUGCUGGCCUCAGUCUGCUGGGGUUGAAGACAUUUUUGUUCAAUAUUGAAGUUGUCUAAAAGCAGAAUGUCACUGGGAUGUUGUGUAGAGUCACUAGUAUAUUUAAUUAACAGAUAAAUCUGUUUUGUUUGGCUUUAACUGUAAUGAACAGUGAAACACAUUAUUUACAUCCAGCAUUGCUCUCUGUACAUGCUUACACUGAAUAUUGUUUAAACACAAUGAAAGGAGAAUCUACUUCACUAUGUUGUUGUGGGUCCAGCAGCAUGAGUGCUUAUUAUUUGCUGUAUAAUAUAAUCUUACAUUGUUUUCCAAAUGUUUUAAAUACUAACACUGUAGAAGCCUGGUGAGAUUAUCGUGUUAAGUUGGCAAGCUGAACCUGUUAUCAGCUAGCACUGGAUAAAUAAAAUGUUAGUUGAGAUUAUAUACUGUUACCUAGUGCUUGCCAGAACCAGAUCUUAAAUGAGUCUAUUUAACAAAAUUUUGAUAAGUAGCUUUGAUUUUAUUUUUUUUAUAUAUAACGCCUUGUAUUUUUUAAGGUAUCUAAAUAAGACUUUUUUAUGUGUAACAAAUUUGAAUUGCCUGCUUUCUUUAAUGCUUUUAUAUAUUUUUCAAAUGGCUCAGCAGUUCAACUUGCCUGGUUUCAGAGAGAUUGUUCCAUAGUGAAUUGGAAGCCUGACAGCUACAGCUAUAACGUAAGAAUUUGUCAAGUAGGAUUACCUGUUGAUGCAUUUCAUUAGAACAUACCUCUGUCUCCUUCAGAUAACUAAGCCAAAUGGUUCAGAACUCAGGGAAAAUUAUGAGAUAUAGAACAGAUUAAUAAAGAUACGGAACUUAAACAUUAUUGGAUUUCUAAAAUAUCUUAAACCCUUCUCCCCCAUCUGUAAUAUUUGUGACCACUCAGGAAUAUGGAAAUGCAUUUACUCAACAAUCUGAAAAGCUGCUGUUAUACAGGUGGUUUCUCAAAUCUUCCAGAUUUUUUCAAAUCUUCCAGUCCUCCUAAGUCUCACCAAGCUGUACAUUGCACUAGUGUUUGAGUGACCUGAGACUUAGGUGGAGCUGCAUCCCUACAAACGUAAGCAAAUAGAGAAGCUGUCAGUCCAAACAACACUCUGGAACAACUGAUACAUAGAUGGGAAAUAGCCAGCCUUAUGGGGAUCUUCAACUGCAGCUAGAAUCAGAGCAGUUAUGUACAGUUUAAAGGCUGCAAGUAUUCCUAUAAUAAAUACUGUGUUAUGUGCUUUUUUUGUUCUCUUGUGAUUGCUUGCUUUUAUUCUAGUCAGUUCAGUCCCUUGUUUUAUUCUUUUGUUUCCACGUUCUCCCCCUGCUUUUCUGAUGAGCUCAUUCAUCACCCUGUAUGAAGAUGUGUUUGUUAGAACUUUGACUCUGUUGUGAUAAACUUGGAAUUGUUAAUAAAGCCAACAAACAUUUUU